CGCCCCGCCCCCUCCUUCUCCCCCCACGCACGCGCACUCUCACGCGCCUGUGUUGCCGCCAGCGGCCCUGCCUUCGGGCCUCAGGGAGCUCUGGUGCAGUCUCCGCCUGUCAGAGCCGAAAGUCAUCCUCGGCGCCCGCCCCGGUCCCGCACUGGUGCAGCCAUGUCCUCUUCCCAGUGGGAGCCUGCGCCCCUGCGCCGGGUGUUCGUGGUGGGGGUUGGCAUGACCAAGUUCGUGAAGCCUGGAGCUGAGAAUUCAAGAGACUACCCUGACUUGGCAGGAGAAGCAGGCAAGAAGGCUUUAGCUGAUGCACAGAUCCCUUAUUCAGCAGUGGACCAGGCGUGUGUUGGCUAUGUUUUUGGUGACUCUACCUGUGGGCAGAGGGCUAUCUAUCACAGUUUGGGAAUGACUGGAAUUCCUAUAAUCAACGUCAACAAUAACUGCGCUACUGGUUCUACUGCUUUGUUUAUGGCCCGCCAGCUGAUUCAGGGUGGUGUGGCAGAAUGUGUCUUGGCUCUUGGGUUUGAGAAGAUGAGUAAGGGAAGCCUUGGAAUAAAAUUUUUGGAUAGGACCAUUCCCACUGAUAAGCAUCUUGACCUCCUGAUCAAUAAGUAUGGAUUGUCUGCUCACCCAGUUGCUCCUCAGAUGUUUGGGUAUGCUGGAAAAGAACAUAUGGAAAAAUAUGGAACAAAAAUUGAACACUUUGCAAAAAUUGGAUGGAAAAAUCAUAAACAUUCAGUUAAUAACCCGUAUUCCCAGUUCCAAGAUGAAUACAGCUUAGAUGAAGUGAUGGCAUCUAAAGAAGUUUUUGAUUUUUUGACUAUCUUACAAUGUUGUCCCACUUCAGAUGGUGCUGCAGCAGCAAUUUUGGCCAGUGAAGCAUUUGUACAGAAGUAUGGCCUGCAAUCCAAAGCUGUGGAAAUUUUGGCACAGGAAAUGAUGACUGAUUUGCCAAGCUCGUUUGAAGAAAAAAGCGUUAUUAAAAUGGUUGGCUUUGAUAUGAGUAAAGAAGCUGCAAGAAAAUGCUAUGAGAAAUCUGGCCUGACACCAAAUGAUAUUGACGUAAUAGAACUUCACGAUUGCUUUUCUACCAACGAACUUCUUACUUAUGAAGCAUUGGGACUCUGUCCAGAAGGACAAGGUGCAACGCUGGUUGAUAGAGGAGAUAAUACAUAUGGAGGAAAGUGGGUCAUAAAUCCUAGUGGUGGACUGAUUUCAAAGGGACACCCACUAGGCGCUACAGGUCUUGCUCAGUGUGCAGAACUCUGCUGGCAGCUGAGAGGAGAAGCCGGAAAGAGGCAAGUUCCCGGUGCAAAGGUGGCUCUGCAGCACAAUUUAGGCAUUGGAGGAGCUGUGGUUGUAACACUCUACAAGAUGGGGUUUCCGGAAGCCGCCAGUUCUUUUAGAACUCAUCAAAUUGAAGCUGUUCCAACGAGCUCUGCAAGUGAUGGAUUUAAGGCAAAUCUUGUUUUUAAGGAGAUUGAGAAGAAACUUGAAGAGGAAGGGGAACAGUUUGUGAAGAAAAUCGGUGGUAUUUUUGCCUUCAAGGUGAAAGAUGGCCCUGGGGGUAAAGAGGCCACCUGGGUGGUGGAUGUGAAGAAUGGCAAAGGAUCAGUGCUUCCUAACUCAGAUAAGAAGGCUGACUGCACAAUCACAAUGGCUGACUCAGACUUCCUGGCUUUAAUGACUGGUAAAAUGAAUCCUCAGUCGGCCUUCUUUCAAGGCAAAUUGAAAAUCACUGGCAACAUGGGUCUGGCUAUGAAGUUACAGAAUCUUCAGCUUCAGCCAGGCAAUGCUAAGCUCUGAAGAACUCCCUUUGGCUACUUUUGAAAAUCAAGAUGAGAUAUAUAGAUAUAUAUCCAUACAUUUCAUUGUCAGAAUUUAGACUGAAACUACACAUUGGCAAAUAGUGUGGGAUAGAUUUGUUUCUUAAUGGGUGUGACCAAUCCUGUUUUUCCUGUGCUCUGGGUGAAUAGAGCCUGAUGGUAUACUACUGCUUUGCAGAAUUGCAUACAACUGUGCAUUACAAAGUUAAUAUGGUAAUUAUGGUCUGGGGUAACAUUGAGUUUCAGAAUAAAAUUAGGAACAGUAAAAUCCAAAGAACUAUGUAAACAAAAAAGCUUUUGUUUUGCUUACAAAGUAUAUUUAAGGAUUAUUCUGCUGAAGAUUCAAUUUAAGAGUUUUCCUUGGGAGAACUAAGAAACACAGUGCCAACAGCUGGCCAGUAAUUAGUGUUGUGCACUUAAUGUCAUUAAUCAAUUUCUCAAUAGUUUUUAAAAUUAGUGAGAUUAAAAAAAAAUCUAAAAAUUUUGCACUUCAUGCUAUCAGGAACAGUAUUUUCUUCCCAAAUCAAAAAUAAAAGAAAUAUGAUCAGAGCUUGAACACAGGCUUAUUUUUAAAAUAAAAAUAUUUUUUAAAAUGGGUUUCCUUCUUGAAAAAUCAGUGUAUUAGUCAUAAAACACUAUUAUUAAGAAUAAUUGAACAAUAAAGUUUGCUUUGAGAUGCACAGUUUUCAAAUUAUAAUCUCAUUUCAAUUUAUAAAGUCUCGGUCUUUUGUUAUAAUUUUCCUUUUUCAUAUAAGUUUAAUUAUCUGCAUUUAUCUUUUUUCCUAGUUUUUCUAAUACUAAUGUUAUUUCUUAAAAUUCAGUGAGAUAUGGAAUAAAAUAAUGCUUUGAGAAGAAUGUUUAAUAGAAAAUUAAAAUAACGUUUUCUGGC